AGCACCAGACCUUUCCGAUAUUGCGCGUCCUACGUGGGAAAGAAAAUGGCUGCCAUCAGACAAGUACCUCUAGUUUGUGGAGGGCACGAAAGACCCGUCGUAGACCUAAAGUUUUCUGGUAUUACUGAAACGGGCUCAUAUAUGCUAAGUGCAUCCAAAGAUGGCAAGCCAAUGCUAAGAAAAGGAGAGACCGGAGACUGGAUAGGUACAUUCGAGGGACACAAAGGUGCAGUUUGGGGUGCUACAAUCAAUAAAGAUGCCACCUUAGCUGCUACUGGGGCUGCUGAUUUUUCAGCGAAAUUAUGGAAUGCAAUAAAUGGGACCGAGUUGACAACAUAUGCACACAAACACAUUGUAAAAGCAGUGGAUUUUUCCCAGGAUAGCCAAAAGCUGUUAACUGCUUGUAAUGACAAAAAGCUUAGAGUAUUUUCGAUAGAAAAAACAGAUUCAGACCCGCUUAUUAUGGAUGGAUUAACCGGAAAUUCAAAGCGCUGUCUGUGGUUUAAAAACGAUACUGUCUUCAAUGGAGGUGAAGAUAAAAUUAUAAGUCAAUGGGAUGUGCGAUCAGGGAGUAUGGUACAACAGAUACAGGUAGACUCAAAAGUGACAAAUAUGGAACUUUCUCAAGACAUACUGAUUGUCACAUAUGGAAAAACGACAGCUUUUUAUGAUCCUGAAAGCUUGGAGCUUAUCAAACAGCAUGAACAAAACUCUUUGGUAUAUGCUGCUUCGAUGCACCAGACUAAGAAGUUCUACGUCACUGGUGGGGAAGAUUUUUGCCUUCACAAAAUCGACUAUGAAACUGGAAAUGCUCUAGAAUCAUUCAAAGGACAUUUUGGCCCAGUACACUGUGUUGAGUUUUCACCAGACGGGGAGCUGUAUGCAUCAGGUUCUGAGGACGGCACGCUGCGUUUAUGGCAGACAGUCAUUGGUAAAACAUACGGACUUUGGCGAUCGUAUGAAGAUGACGAAAAACCAAGCGUAGUCAACGGUGUUGAGGCAGUGUCGGAAGAAUCUUAAACCAUAAUCUCCCUUAGUAAGAAUUUCCUUUACUGGUUGCCGCUCUAAAUGCUUGGGGCCUUAAACAAAUCUUUUUUGUCUUCAAAACAUGUCCUAAUAUCUACAAAAUCUCUUAACGCGCCUUAUAAUACCCUACCUUAGUUCUCCUCUACUUGUAAUACCCUAACUUAGUUCUCUUGUUACCUUAGUUCUCUAGGCAAGUUACCAUAAUUUUGCCUUGUCUGUAUUUACCAUUUCAAUGUGAUAAGUACAGUUGUGUCUAAGUUUACCCCGAAUCGAUCUCCUCCAUCGUUACAAGAAAGGCUCAUAUUCUGUCCAUAUUAUCCGUUAUCAAUAUUCCGUACAUAUUCUCCAUAAUUUCUUAGUUCCCCUGGAUGUCCUGACUCUCGCUCGUAAAAGGGGACUGGAGGGUUAUUAGUUUUCGAAGUCGGUAAACUGGACAAUUUUAGUUUGUUUUUAAAAGUUUUUGUCCGGAAUGCAAAACUCCUGGCGCUAGUUAGGCAAGAGUUUUCACAGUAACUUUUUUGUUUACCUUACAGUACACGACUAAAACUCUCAAAGGAUACUUGUAACAUAAACAAUAUCUAUUACAUUUCGCAAUACUGUCUGUUUGAUAGAUACCCGUAUAAAAUAAUCUUGUAAAUGGGUCUACAAGAGACACGAUAAUUGUUGGAAUAUGUCUUUUUAAUUGUCAUUUAAUUAGAGAGAUAAAUAUCUACGUUGGGUAAUUUUA